AUGGAAGUCCUAUCAAUUACCAUUUCCAAAAAUCACGAAGUCGAGUUAGUGGGAGUGGAAGAUUUAAAGGAUAAAUUAGCAGGAGAUAGACCUAUGAAUUAUGAGGAUGUCAAAAAUGUGGUUAAAUUGGCUAAUAGAUAUCCUGGCUUUUAUACCGAAGAAGAAUGA